CAGCCCACCCACCGCUGAUUAUAGGGACUCUUGCAGGCGCACUUUCCUUCCUUGCAUUGAGUCUGGGACCUGGCCCCGGGGCUGAACGGCACACAGAGCGCGCAUCAUGGCAGCUACCCACAGCGAGUACAGAGGCUACCUGCGGAACACCGUCGACAUCGAAGCGGGGCAGCACCGCCUCCACCCGGUGCAGAGCUCGGAGCCCACUUACCGGCCGCUCCUAUUCGGGACCCUCACUAUAAUGGGAUUGCUUCAGGUGGCUUCCAGUGUGGCGAUCUUAUUACACCUGACAGGUUAUCUGCAAGAGGUAGAUUUGUCCACAGCCCCACGUCGAUCCAUAGAGGAAGUGCAGCCGGAGCCAGUGCUGGACGCACUGAGAGACACAAGGAAAAGCAAACGUUGCAAAACUAAAGAGGGUCUGCCAUCAGCUCAUCUACCAAUCAGAGCGCAACAUGAGUACUCUAAGAAAGGUGAGCCAAAGACCCUUACCAUUGAGUGGAAUGAGGAACACGGAUACCUCCACAGGAUGGACUAUCAGAAGGGGAAACUGCUGGUACAAGAUUCAGGUCUCUACUAUGUUUAUGCCAAGACCUGUUUCCGCUACUACAGACCACGAGAGGACAGCAGUCCAGCUGAGGAUCCACCCGUGGAUCUUAGCAACACCCAGCUCAUCCAGUAUGUCUACCACGAGAGCAUCAAACAGAACAGCAAGUCUGUGACGCUGAUGAAGACGGGCAGCACCAUGCGCUGGAACAGCACGAGCUAUAACAUGUACUGCGCCCAGCAGGGCAGAGGGAUCCAUCUGGAGGUGGGAGACACCUUGUUUGUCAAUGUGUCCAAUGCUUGGAUGCUUGACCGGGAUGGAGAAGGGACGUAUUUUGGUGCCAUAAAGUUGGGUAAUUGAAAUUUAAACACGUGGGGAGCGGACAUGCUACUGAACAUUUGAUAUGCCAAAGAACCACUGUUAUUGAUUUAUAAUGUUGAUUUUUCAAAAAAAAGUGUGUUUUUUGUAUUGUACAUGUGUUCAAAUGGCCUUGGAGUCCAUUACAAGUAAAAAUGUAUGAAAAAGGUAGUCAGCUUUUUAAAUACUUGUCUUGCCACUUAGACCCCACUCCCCCCCAAAACGACACACAACUCUCAACUUCAUCCAAAAUAGCACUGGAUGUUUUUUCUUGUGACUUUUUUAAAAGUAUUGCGGUUUGUAUUGGGAUUGUAUUUCAGUUCAGAUUACAACAUUCAGAUUUAAGCAUAGACAUGUGUUUAUGCACUAAUUAAACAAACCACAUGGGCGCUACUAAGGAAGUUUGUUGGCAAGAAGUGCAGUGAGGAAGGAUUUAUCAAUGUUGAUUGUUGGAAAGAAUGUCCAAAAAGAACAGUGUAGCUGGUAGACCGUCUGCAGAGCAUGUGCUUGUAUUUAGCAGAUUAUCACGGGAUAAAAAUAACAAAAGUCCCAGGUCUGUCACACACAGCAGUGAAUACACAAAUGUUUUCCUGAAAGGUUUUUGUAAGUGUGAACUAGGCAGGCAAUGAGGCGUCCUGACAGUCAGAAACUAUUCAUAAUAAAAGGCAGUUAUAUUGUGAUUUAUAUCACCCUCAAAAUCUCUAAGGCACUAUUUAAGUUUAAUGCCAAGUUUCACUUUGACUUUGACAUUGUUUUUUUAAGCAACAAAACCAGUUUAGAGAAGGUCGUGUGCAUGCUCCAAAAACUCAUUUGUUAUCCGAUUUUCUGUCUUAAUGACAUCUAAUGAGUGGCCUUCUUCAUUGAAGGCAAUUACAUGACAAUGUCAUUUUAAACUAAGGAGGGAAUGACAUCUGUUUGUUAGAUUUAUGACAAUCAACAAGCGAUGCAGAUAGCUGGACUGUCUGACCAUAAAUGACAUGAAUAGACUCUUGUCUUCUUUAACUAGAAGAACCAAAUUGACUUUGGUUCAUCUUUAACUUAAAUUUUGUUUUUCAUUUGGCUCUUCAGUGAGGUAAAUGGGAAUAUGCACUAAAUAUUUAUUUAUUAGCUCUAGAAGUACAGAGACAGGCCAUUGUUAAAGUGACCUUUCGGCUGUAAAAAUCAUUUAUAUUUUAUGUCUGUAUGACAUUCAUUAUGCAGCACUUAGAGGAAAUAGUAGACACGCUUUUUAUUAUUAAAACACAGGGGCUUCAUUUUAAAUUCCAUAUUUAUGUAUCUUGAUUUUGACAAUUCUGUGUGCACUUGCUUAGCCAAAAGCAAUAUGGAUAUAUUGUUUCUUCUACAAGAUUGUAGCAUACCUGUUAGAUCUUCAUCUGAUAGAUUUGUUUCCAUUCAGUGUUUUUUUAUUUAUGUUUGUGUACGUUUUAAUAAA